UAAAGGAUGUGUGUACUUUUGCCAUCUCUGAUUAUUAUUAUUGUUGUUUUGGUGAACUUGCCUCUGUUUGUUGUUCCCUGCAGGCGCUCAGUGGGGACUGUGAACAGCAGAUUCUCCCUCAGCGAGACGUCGAGCACACACCCGGGGAAGAUCAGGGGGGAUGGCAGCCCCGCAGCCCGGACCCUCCCCAACACCCCCAGGCGUCAGGUGAAGCUCAGCUGCAGUGAGAACCACGGCAUCAGAGCGCCCCCCCCGGAGCAGUACCUCACCCCCAUGCAGCAGAAGGAGCUCUGCAUCCGACACCUGAGGGCCCGUCUGAGGGACAAUGUGGAGAGACUGCAGCACAGAGACAGCGAGAUCUCGGGGCUCCGGGCCCAGCUGCUCCGGAUGCAGGAGGAUUGGAUCCAUGAGGAGGUUCAGAGGCUGGAGGCUCAUCUGGAGCUGCAGGAGGCCAGGAGAGAGAUCAGUGUCCUGCAGGACGAGGUGAGGGCCAGCAGCCAGGAGCCCCCCCAGCACCAGGAGCCCCCCCAGCACCAGGAGCCCCACCAACAACACCAGGAGCCCCACCAGCACCAGGAGCCCCACCAGCACCCGGAGCCCCACCAGCACCAGGAGCCCCAUCUACACCAGGAGCCCCAUCACCAACACCAGGAAACCCACCAUCACAAGGAGACCCAUCACCGACAUCACCUACACCAGGAGCCCCAUCAUCAGCACCAGAAGCCCCACCAGCACCAGGAGCCCCAUCACCAGCACCAGGAGCCCCAUCUACACCAGGAUCCCCACCAGCACCAGGAGCCCCAUCAACAAUAUCACCUACACCAGGAGCACCAUCACCAACACCAGGAGCCCCACCAACACCAGGAUCCCCACCUACACCAGGAGGCCCAUCACCAACGUCACCUACACCAGGAGCCCCACCAACACCAGGAGCCCCACCAACACCAGGAGCCCCACCUACACCAGGAGCCCCAUCACCAACAUCACCUACACCAGGAGCCCCCCCAACACCAGGAGCCCCACCUACACCAGGAGCCCCAUCACCAACAUCACCAGCACCAGGAGCCCCACCAACACCAGGAACCCCACCACCAACACCAGGAGCCCCACCAUCACCAACACCAGGAGCUCCAUCACCAACCCCAGCUGCACCCGGGGGCCCGAUCAGGUGGACGCUCUCGUUCCUGCGGCUGCUCCCCUGCUGGGACGCUGAGCCGUGGGGCCCCUCUGCAGCCUGAGGGCCUCCGGGGGCCCCGACAGACUCACCUGCUGCUGCUGGAGGCGGCGCUGCUGUCGGAGCCCAGGGGCCACAACAGCACCGGGGGCCCCUUAUCCUCCCCCACCUCCUCCCCCUGCUCCUCCUCCUACGAGAGGCUGUUUCUGCCCGUCUCACACUCCUGCAGCUGCAUCGCACACACACCUCACACACACCUGUACCUGCACCUGCCGCAGGAGGAGGCCCCGGGGCCCGCCUCCGACCCUCCCAUCCCGACCCCUCCCCCCCCUGUGGAGAAGAAGGUGGAAGUGCGCUCUCAAGCCUGCAGCCCCACCAUCAGCUGGCUGUGUGACGAGGCCCCCUCCCCCCUCUCAGAGACACAUUUUCAGUCACAUUUACCCGGCGGGGCCCCUCCUCAAAUCGUGGAGCCGCCUGAUAGACAGGAGGAGAUGAAGGAGCCCCUCACCUGUCAGCCCCCCCCCACAGCCCCCCUCCCUGAGAGACAGGACGCUGUGGAGGUGGAGAUAGAGGAUGAUGAGGGGGGGGAGGAAGACGUGGCCCCCCCGCUGUGCCACUGGAGCCGAUACUUCCUGGUGGAUCUUCUGGCUCUGGCGAUGCCGGUGGUCCCGACGGUGGCCUGGAUGUGGGGGGGGCCGCGGGGGGGGGUCCUGCCCGGGUAUCACAUGGGCUCUCUACUGAGAGGCUGCUGCGCCGUGGCCCUCACCUCACUGAGGAGGGAGGGGGGGGCAGGGGAGGGGGACCCCCCAACCCUAACGGGGCCACGCUGAUAUGAGACUCUCUGAGAGACCUGAACCUCCUCUUGUGAUGGAAGCUUCCUUUGUUCACCCCAAUAAACCGUAAUUUAAUAAAUGAACAUCGUGCUGUAUCGAAGCAGACUUUGAACUACAGACUGAGACCAUACACGUAUCAGGAAAAUGUUGACUGAGGUAAUAAAUCAAGAGAGAAGUGGGAACAUUUCCUCUUAGACUUCUAUACGACAGAAGGGUUGCCCCCUGGUGGACAUUACAGAGAAUGCAAUUUCUUUAACACAUUACCACACUUCUUUCCAUUUACAGUAGGAGCUUUUUACAAAGUAGUUUGGUAUAAAGAAAAUAGUCCCUACAUGAAACUGGGUCAUCAUUUCUGCUUCAUCCACCAUCCAAUGGCAUCUACUUCCAUUAUACUGGAGAGAAAACAGACAUUGCUACGCCUCAUAUCCCCAACCCUCUGUAACUUAAACCCAAACCCACCAGGUGAGAGGAUGUCUCUUAGAUUCUCGGAUGUACUGUCCCUUUAAGACUCUGCUGACUUCAAUACACUUUGGUUUUUGCCUCCAGUUGGAUUUGUCCUCCUCUUCUAAGAUUUCUAGAUUUUACGUAAUGCCCUCGUGAUGUUGUGCUCAUGCCUUAGAGAACAGAGGAUUAGUGUUAGCUCUCUUUACUGGACUCUGCAUGAAACCCACUGUCCGGACGGGGUCUACUGUUUGAAUUAAAUCAAAUAAAAGCCAAAUUCUGGUUUUAGAUUUACGCUUUGGGAAAAGAUGUUCGGUUUAUUUUAUGGAUAUUAAGUAUUUUAAAUUGCUGCUGUAUUUUCAUUAUCAUGUUUAAAAAAAUUGCUAAAAGAGUAAAAAAUAUCAGAACAAUUAAAAAAAAUGUGAAAGGACUUUUUCGAAAAGAAGCAUGUGCAUCUCAGGUGUGAAACAGACCGGUUGUUCAGAUGUUUUACAAUAAAUGAAACAGAG